UUUGUUUGUUUGGUAGUGUGGGUGUUCAUCGAUGUGCGGAGCGAGAAAAUUAAUUAAAUUAAUUAAUUUAGUUUAAUUAAGUUAACGAAAUAUCUGAGUCCAUAAUGGAUUUUGCUAGUGUGCUCCACAAGAGCGAAGCUCAUCAGCGCACCAUUGUGCACCUGGACAUGGAUUAUUUCUACGCACAGGUUGAGGAGAUACGCGACCCAUCGUUACGCCAGAAACCCUUGGGAAUUCAGCAGAAAAACAUUGUGGUUACCUGCAAUUAUGUGGCCCGAGCCAAAGGUGUGCACAAGCUCAUGCUCAUAUCAGACGCCCAAAGACGCUGCCCCGAUUUGGUUCUGGUGAAUGGCGAGGAUUUGGCACCCUAUCGCUUGAUGUCGCAGAAAAUCUUUGACUUGCUUCUGAACUACACACCAGCCGUGGAGAAGCUCGGUUUCGAUGAGAACUUCAUGGAUGUGUCCGCUCUAGUUGAAUUGCGUCAGGAACAUGCCGCCGAGGCCCAAGAGAAACCACCCGUGGGCCAUUUGUAUCCAGAUGAUGGCACUCUAUUGACGGACUGCCUAUGCGGUUGUGCCCAGCGUUUGGCCAUUGGCAGUCGCAUCGCCCAGGAAAUUCGGGAGGAGCUGAAACUGCGGCUGGGCAUCACAUGUUGUGCUGGCAUUGCCUACAAUAAGCUGCUGGCCAAGCUAGUGGGCAGCCGGCAUAAGCCUAAUCAGCAAACGGUUCUAGUGUCCAGUCAUGCGGAGGAGUUUAUGCGCGAGCUAAACGAUCUGCAAAGGGUGACAGGAAUAGGCCAAAAGACACUAUCACUGCUCCAGGAGGCUGGCAUCAACUCGGUGGAACAGCUCCAGCAAUGCGAUAUGGAUAUGAUGCGUAAAAAAUUUGGUUUCGAAACAGCUACCAAGCUGAGAGAUUUGGCCUACGGACGAGAUGUCAGCGCAGUGCGUCCAACUGGAAAGCCAAAAAGCAUCGGCAUGGAAGAUGCCUGCAAGCCGAUUUCGAUUAGCAGUGAUGUGGAAGAUAAGUUUCGCAUGCUGCUAAUGAGGUUGGUGGAACAGGUGGCCGAAGACGGACGCAUUCCCAUAGCUAUCAAGGUGGUACUCAGAAAAUUUGAUGCCCAAAAGAAGAGCAGUCAUCGAGAAACCAAACAGGCUAACAUUUUGCCCUCCCUCUUCAAGACGUCCAUGUGCUCCGGUGAAACAGGCACCGGUCGGGUGCAGUUGGCCGAUGGUGCUCAGGAGAAGCUACUUAAGAUUAUUAUGCGUCUGUUCGAGCGUAUAGUGGACUUAAGCAAACCCUUCAACAUCACCCUGAUUGGAUUGGCCUUUUCCAAGUUUCAAGAGCGCAAAGUUGGCUCAUCCUCGAUAGCAAAUUUCCUUAUUAAGAAAGCCGAUCUGGAAGUUCAAUCAAUUACUUCGCUAACCAAUACAAGUCUCCCGAGCCCCACGGCAGAGAGUCCAACCGCCCAAUCAGAUGAAAUCGCCUUUCGCUCAUCCCCCACCACGUUCAAACCUAGCGAUCAGUUUUACAGGCGUCGAGCCACAACAGCAUCUCCUGUGCCCAUGCUUCUGGACAAUGGAUCUGAAUCGGCAGCUACCAAUUCCGAUUUCAGUGAUUUCUCCGAGACAGAAGUGGAGCCUUCGCCUAAAAAGAGUCGCUUUGGUCGCCUGCUGGUAUCCAAGCGGAGCCGCCUAGCCGUGGAUACUGCCGCUACCGAUGUGGCCUCUCCCAGUAAAUUACGUGUUUGUGAUCUACGUCUCAAUUCUCGCGACAGUGAAAAGGAUUUCCCAAUGUCCCCCGUCACGCCGUCUACAUCGACAGGAGUAGUCGGAGUUUCAGGUGGAGGUAAUCCUGCCACACGCCAUCGCACCAUUCAGCCGCCCAAUACCCUGCUUAAUCGCAUCGAUGGCAGCCUUAGAGUCAUUUCCACGCGCACUGCCAGCCGACUCAGUUCCAAUGCUAGCUCAACAACGUCAUCGCCUCUGCCAUCACCCAUGGAUGACACUCCAAUGAGUGCUCCCUCUACGCCCACAACAGUGCCGAUUUGUUUUGCAGCUUCAUCUUCCACCAAUGGUGCUUUAACAGGAAUCGCCUGUCCAGCUGGUGUCGAUGCCCAAGUCUUUAAUGAACUUCCGAUGGAGCUGCAAAGUGAGCUAAUUGCUACCUGGAGCAGUUCAUUGGUGGCAGCCGUUGAACAAUCGGCAGCCACAACAACUGCCCCAUCCCCUCCAGCGACCACAACAGCAGCUAGUGGAGCUAGCGGAGCACAAAAAAACACCCUAUAUCGAUAUUUUCUAAGAAACAAGUGAUUCAUUUUCUCUAUCAUCACACAUGUCUUAAUGUUUCUAAGAUCAAAGUGAAAAUCCUAUAUCUAAAUAUAUAUAUAUUUGUAGAGUGUAAGCUUAAGUUGGUUUCCAAUGUUUUGUUUUAUAUGAAUCUAAGCGGAUAACAUUGAAAUUUGCAUUUCAAACUGUUUGACCCAAGUCAUUUUGGAUUUGCUGGCUUUAUUUUAUUUUAUAUAUUUAAUUUAUAUAUGAACAUAUAUCUGAUUUAACGAUCGCCAUGCUAGGGAAGCUAUGGCAUCAAAGUCGCGUUUAGAAUUUCUUUACUACACAUUUCAUUUUACAUUUUUCAUAUAUUCCAUAAAUUGGGUUGGCAUACUUAAACAUAGAAUAAACAUUUUGAACAUCUAUCGCAGAUAGCAUUGGAAUGCAGAUCAUUAAUUUUUCAUUUUGUGUGGCCACGAUAGUUAAAAACAUUAAAAAACUGUUGUCAUUUACCUAAAACAUAAGUUAAUAAAUGAUAAGUUGCAAUCUGUGAUCUGCGGAUUGAUAAAUAAAUAAAUCAUUAAAAUGCGUCCGGAGUCUAUAAUGGCAUUCUAGUAAACCA